AUGUUAGACAGGACGAGGAGCAACCCGAACCAUGCGAACACUUACUUUCACGUCCACGAUAUGUUGCGGACUAGGUUCCACUGGACGUCAGCUCUCAGGAUGCGCAUGGGAAAGCCGGAGUACAAAAACGAGAGGCCGGUGUUCGAGAGAGAACACCUUUUGACGCGCAUGGCUCGUGCUUUCUGUGUAUUCGGUAGGAAAGGGUACUCGGAGAGCUCUGCAGGCCACAUUUAGGUCCGGGAUCCAAUCACUCACAAACGUUCUGGAUUAAGCCCUGAGAACGCCACUUUUCGUGGAUGCGAGUGUCCGAUCUUGUGCACGUCAAUGGCAACGGAAAUAUACUACCAAUCAAGUGGUUAUUAACAGAGCCGGCUUGAAAAUUCACUCACACCUGCACCGCGCCAGACCCGACGUGAUGCCGUCUGUCACGCUCACAGCGUGUAUGACAAAGCUUGGUCCGCAUUUGGUCGUGAGGCCGAAAUGCUGAACCAAGACGCCUGCACAUUUUACAAAACGCACAAGGAGUAUCCGAAUUUUGGAGGGACCGUGCUUAAGCACGCGGAAGGUGAGCGGUUGACUACCCAUUUACAUGACUACAAGGCCACAAUACUGCAAAACACCGGACUUUGACCAUUGGCGAGACAAUCGACGAGGCGGCGUUUCUGAUCACUAUGCUGGAGCUUACGUGCAAAGUCCAGCUGCAGGUCAAAUUGGUUUCUAAAGCGGGCUGGAGAAAAAGAUCAUUGGAGAUGAAGAUGCGAGCUUCUCUCACUUUACCACUUCCGAUCCGGAAACUUUAUACGCGGAGUUUUGGCCUGAAUAUGAACUAGAAAUAGAGUUAACAAACAGAGCCUUUGAGAAGUAA